UGAGAAUAGUGUAACCGGGCAAUCAAAGCAGUGAAAUGUUUUCAUUUUUCGUCCCUCAUCCACGCACUGAGGAACUCCCAACUUUUAUCAAUUGCCAUUUCUCUUUUUUACAUCCUUGACGCCCCCUAGUGAGUGUUGAACGUGCCGUUCACAAAGGUGAAUUCAUUAAAAUGUGCGCCAACAUUGGUUCAAUCACAGAGAAUGUUCGUUCCAGCUAUGGAGCAUCCUCUCAGACGUCUGGAUCGUCGAAAUCAACCGAUUGCAGUCUCAAGAUGUCUCGAUGUAAUGACCUAGCGCCGCGGACGUCGUCAGGUCAAUGGAGAAUACACUUGUCCUUCUAAUUGGGCCCUAAAAAAACUGGCGAAGAUAAAAAACCAUCUAUCAUUUUCUAGCGGCGUGUCUCGGAAACACUUGACAAUGGCGCCGAAUUCUACGAUUGUGAGUAGAUACACAGUGGAAUCCUUCUCAUGUUAUCCGUCGCUUCUUGCCUCAGCAAGGCACCAAGAAUUAGUUUCAAUCUUGAAGGCAGUUCUUCCUCUUCAAGACCGUAUGUUCACAUCUUUGUCAGCUCGUAGGGGUCAGAUUCCCGAAGAGAGCAAAGAGUUUGAUACGGCUCAAGGUUCUGAUAUUGGAAGUGGCUCUGAAUUGGGAAACUCUGAAUGGGAAGAUGACUCAGACAUAGAACCUGAAGACCUGGAUAACGCAGAAUGUGAAGACCUAGAGUCGGACACUGAAUCUUCUACAAAGUUUCGUGAUCCUCGCAAGUCGAAAGGUCGAGAAUCUGAUUACUCGAUGAGAAUCGAAGCCCCCAUCGACGAGAUAUACGCCCUGCUGCACUCACGUGGAUUUAUAACUCCAAAGCAGAAGAGACCAACGCCGAACGACUCUGUGCUGGGUCAAGAAGAUCACCGUAUCAUCACUUGGUAUCGUAGAGUCAGCAUCGGACUACUGAACUAUUACUCAUCAUGUGACAAUUUCCUCAAAGUAAAAGCAAUUGUGAAUUAUCAGCUCAGGUGGUCAGCCAUCCACACUCUCUCCAAGAAACAUAAGUCAAGUUCACAGCAAGUGAUUCAGAAGUAUGGGAAAAACUUGGUGGUGACCAGGGAUGGGAAGACUGUGACGUCGUUUCUGAGUGUGGAAGAGAUUAAAAAGCAUCGCAAGGGGUUUCUGGAGAUUGACCCAGUGCCUCCAGAGACGCUCAUAGACGUUCUUUACACCAGGAUGAGACGCAGAAGGCAGGAGGAGAAGAAGCUCAAGUAGGAGCAUCAAAAGUUCUUUUAUUUGGAUUGUUUGUCUUUGAGCAGAGGAAGCCCACGAUGGGGGCAAGCAGAAAUUACAUCCGGUGCAUGAGUCCCAUUCAAUUCUUCCAGAUUGUAUCCAAUUUUGCAAAACAUUGAGUCCAUUCGACGGUUUUAGUGAUGUGAUCUGAGAAGUUUGAACAGCAUCAGGAUACUGUAGUGAUUCGUAGCUGUUCAUUGUAAGCUUAAAGAUCCUGUGAGCAUUCCACGGCACUUAUGAAGCGUUUCAAUUUGGAAAGGCGAGCCUGCAUUUCAUAUGAUGGGCAGGAUCUUUAACAGGAGCAGAAGUUGAAUAUGGAUACAACUUCUGAGGUAAGGUAGCCUGUCCUAUCACCGAUGGUCUAAGCCAAAACUAUGAUAGUUGUCUCGGUGUGAAAAGAAUUGAAUUGUUAUACUCUUACUGCUCUUUUUUCAUAAUUGAACUUAAUAUAUAUUAGACAUGAUUUUUUGAAAUCUUAUAGUAGCAUAUGUUGCAAUGGUGAGCAGUAGAUUGCUCUAUGAAUGUGAGAUAUUUGCCCUAUCCUGAACGUGUUUAGCUUGCAUCUCAAAGCAUUCCACAUGCGUUUGAACAGAAUGUAGAGCUCAUAGAAUUGGUAGCAAUUCUAGCUCCCUUCGCUAAGGGGUGAUACAGAUAUGCUCCUUUAGCCUGCUUCCCUGUUUUUUUCUUGAAUGAACUGCAUAAUGUUUGUUCA